AUGCGCUGUACAUGCAAGUCCACCAACCAACGAUCUGCCCAACUCCUGCGUGUUGAGCGAUUCAGAGACGCAAUCCCGGUCGUCAAGAACUACCUUCGAAAUACAAUCGCCCGGCUCGAGCAGGCGAGCUUCGGCGCGCUGGUGACCAUCACCGACGAUAAACGCAAGGCCAGGAUCUACAAGAUCAAAACGGAACUCGCGUUCGCCGACAAGACGACUGCGCAUGGGAAUCCCAUGCGCUCAUCUUCAGAGCAUGGUAGCAGGUGCCAGCCGAAACUCGACGAUCCCCUCUGGGAUGCGUUCCAUGGGCUCCCAGAGUUCGACAAUCUCAGCGGCAUGCUCAACGCCGUCGCCACUCUCCAGGCUAUGGCGCCUUCCCCCGACCUCGUGAACCAGCUGCACGGCCGCUUCACGCACCACUCUGCAUACAACGUCAGAGCAGUGCCGACGCAGUACAACAUGUAUAAGGCCGGCGGACUCGAUAUUUUUGCGCGCCUGCAUCUGGUUGCCCUGUGCGAACACCAAGAUACAGACGGUGAAGAUGUCAGGCCUAUCGCAGGACUUUUCUGCGGUCCCCUGUCCGAGGUCGACUGGGCCGCCAGGCACAGUGACACGAUCUCGUCGCAAGCUAGAUUACGGACGGAGUCAGUGAUGGAACAGUUUGAGCGCUGGCUCAUGCAGACGGGUGCAGAAUCGACAGCAUGGAUGGGGUGCUUGCCGCCCACUCCUGCCAUCACGACCCCUCGCUCAACUACCCCCGGGCUUCAACCGCAGCACCACGACACGGCAGCUGGCAGAGCUCCUUUGUUGCGUCGCAAAGCGCAUGCGAGAGCGUAUGAGGCCAUGCCGCCACCCCAAGACCGUGACAACGAUGAGAUCGGGUUGGACUUCCAUCUCGUCACGGUUAUCAUGAGGCAAGGUUAUGAGCGCUCCGAUGGGACCGUUGGAAUCUACGACGCCGCUACCGGUCUCCCGUUGACGUUUGAGCGUCAUCAUCCCCUGAAGUGUUCACCGGCGGCUCACGCUCGCCACGGUCAACCGUUUGUUCUGCCGGCGGCGCUGAACGAAACCGGGUCUGACAAGUCAACAUCACAGCGCCCAGACAUCGCCACCGAAACUUGGAGCAUGAACAAAUUCCGAGGCUCUCGUCGGUUCGCUGCAUUGGUCGGGGUCAUCAAGUACAUGCUGCCGACCUUGUAG